UCAAAACUCAGGACACCAACUUUCAUUAGAAUGGAAGGAAAAGAACGUGAAGAAGAAGAGGAUAUCAUUUGCUUGGAUGAAUCAUUCUUCAUCAAUGACAAUUACCAGCUCACAACCUUUACUUUUGGGUCUCAUGUUCUUCAGCUUUAUUGCCUCCAAGCUGCUUCGACUGAUUUUGAUUUAACAGGUCAGCUGGUGUGGCCUGGGGCAGUGCUAUUGAAUGAUUAUCUUUCCAAAAAUGCUGGCAUUCUGCAAGGGUGUUCUGUAAUUGAACUUGGCUCUGGUGUAGGCAUUACUGGAAUACUGUGCAGCAGAUUUUGUCAUAAAGUUGUUUUGACAGAUCAUAAUGAAGAGGUUCUUAAGAUUCUUGAGAAAAACGCAGAGUUAUGUGUAUCUACUCAAAGUUCCAUUUCUUGUGCUGGUUUAAAGCCCAAGAAGCUAGAAUGGGGGAACUCUGACCAGCUCAACCAUAUUUUACUGGAAAAUCCAGAAGGAUUUGAUUUAGUCCUUGGAGCUGAUAUCUGUUUUCAGCAGUCAAGUAUUCCUCUGCUCUUUGAUACGGUUAAACAGCUCCUUGUUCAUGCUGCACCAAAAUGCAAAUUUAUAUUGGCUUACGUAUCCAGAGCAAAAGUCAUGGAUACGCUCGUUGUUCAUGAAGCCAUUCAGCAUGGAUUACAGAUGAAUGAAGUUGAUGGGACUCGUGCUUUGGUUAAAAAUCUUGAAGGAGUUAUCUUUGAGAUCACCUUAGAGAUAAACAAUUGCAGUCGUGGAGAGAAAGCAAGAAUUAAAGGAUCAAGUUGAAUUUCAGUUGUACAAGUGUAGCUUGUCAUAUUCUAUUCCUGUAUAAAAGACUUAACAGGUGAGUACUAUGUGCAUUUUGCUUUUGUGUUUCUUGCAGUCAGUAAAGACGUUUCUUUCUUU